CCAGCGAAGUCUAGGCCAGUGAAGUAAGCUGUCACCCGCGGCCCGUCUCGGUGCCCACCGCCGGGACCCCGAGCGCCCGGCAGCCGAGCGCCGGGCUCCCGGCUCCGCGCGGCCGCGAUGCCCGGUGUGCAGCUGCCGCCCAAGGAGAGCAACCUCUUCAAACGGGUCCUAAAAUGUUAUGAGCAGAAGCAGCACAAAAAUGGCCUCAAGUGUUGCAAGAUGAUUCUUUCGAACUCAAAAUUUGCUGAAGGAGGUUAACAUUAUUUUCCAGAGACUUUGGCUAUGAAAGGAUUAAUAUUGAGCUGUUUAGGAAAAAAAGAAGAACCGUAUGAAUUGGUUCGUAAAGGACUUCGGAGUGAUAUCAAGAGCCAUGUCUGUUGGCAUGCAUAUGGCCUCCUGCAACGUUCUGAGAAGAAAUAUGAUGAAGCUAUUAAGUAUUACCGAAAUGCUCUCAAGUUAGACAGAAAUAAUCUGCAAAUCUUGAGGGACCUGUCUUUGUUGCAGAUUCAAAUGAGAGACCUUGAAGGUUACCAAGAGACAAGAUAUCAGCUUCUUCAUUUACGUCCAACACAACGUGCUUCCUGGAUUGGCUAUGCCAUUGCAUAUCAUUUGCUGAGAGAUUAUGAUAUGGCACUAAAGCUAUUAGAAGAAUUUAGACAAGCACAGCAAGUUCCUGUCAACAAAUUAGACUAUGAAUAUAGUGAAGUCAUACUAUAUCAGAAUUGAGUGAUGAGAGAGGCAGAUCUCUUUCAAGAACCUUUAGAACAUAUAGAAACAUAUGGGAAACAAGUUUGUGAUAAAGUUUUGGUGGGAGAAAUUAAGGGGGAAAUAUUGUUGAAAUUGGGAAGAUUAAGAGAAGCCAGUGAAGUAUUCAAACACUUGAUUAAUUGGAAUGCAGAAAAUUGGUGUUAUUAUGAAGGCUUGGAAAAAUCUCUACAAUUUAGUACUUUAGAAGAGAGGCUUCAGAUUUAUGAAGAAAAUAGUCAGCAGCAUCCCAGAGCAAUUGCACCUAGAAGAUUACCUUUGAAUCUUGUCCCAGGUGAAAAAUUUAGAGAACCAGUGGAUAAGUUCCUAAGAGCAUAAUUCAGUAAAGGGUGUCCAUCCUUGUUCACUACUUUGAAAUCUUUAUAUUGUAAUACAGAAAAGGUUUCUAUAAUCCAGGAACUUGUUACAAACUAUGAAGCCUCUCUUAAAAGGUGUGACUUUUUUAACCCAUAUGAGAAUGGGGAGAAGGAACCUCCAACAACUCUACUUUGGGUUCACUAUUUCCUGGCCCAGCAUUUUGAUAAACUUGGAAAAUAUUCUUUAGCUUUGGAUUAUAUUAAUGCUGCAAUAACUAGUACUCCAACUCUAAUAGAAUUAUUCUAUAUGAAAACAAAAAUUUACAAGCAUAUGGGUAAUCUCAGAGAAGCUGCAAAAUGGAUGAAUGAAGCUCAGUCUUUGGACACAACUGAUAGAUUCAUUAAUUCCAAAUGAGCAAAAUAUAUGCUUCAAGCAAAUAUGAUAAAAGCAGCAGAGGAAAUGUGCUCUAAGUUCACAAGGGAAGGAAUAUCUGCCAUGGAAAAUCCAAAUGAAAUACAAUGUAUGUGGUUUCAGACAGAAUGUAUUUCAGCUUAUCAGCGGCUUGGGAGAUUUGGGGAUGCCUUGAAAAUGUGCCAUGAAGUUGAAAGGCAUGUUUUUGAGAUAACCAAUGCUCAAUUUGAUUUCCAUACAUACUGCAUGAGAAAGAUGACCCUUUGUGGCUAUGUUGACCUCUUGAGGUUAGAAGAUACUCUCAGAAGACAUGCCUUUUAUUUCAAUGCUGCUAGAUCAGCAAUUGAAAUAUAUUUGAAAUUAUAUGAUGAUCCCUUAACCAAUGAAAGCAAACAACAAGAAAUAAAUUCAAAAAACCUGUUAGCCAAAGAAUUGAAGAAAAUACUUAGUAAGUAGAGAAGAGCUCAGAAAAAGGCUAAAUUAGAAGAAGAGGGGAAACAAGUAGAAAGGGAGUGUCAACAGAAAAAUCAAAAGAAGACAGCUAUUGGUCUUAAGGAAGAACUUAUACCUGAAAAACUGGAAAGGGUAGAAAAUCCAUUAGAAGAAGCCAUCAAAUUCCUUACUCCUCUUAAAAACCUUGCUGCCGAUAACAUUGACACACAUCUCCUGGCAUUUGAAAUAUAUUUUAGAAAAGGAAAGUUCCUGUUAAUGCUGCAAUCUGUCAAACGAGCUUUUGCCAUCAACAGUAAUAACCCAUGGCUACAUGAAUGCUUAGUUAAGUUUUCUAAAUCUGUAUCCAGUCAUAGUAAUCUUCCUGACAUUGUGGGCAAAGUUCUAUCUCAAGAAAUGCAGAAAAUAUUUGUCAAUAAGGAUUUGGAAAGUUUUAUUGAGGAAUUUCUCAAGCACAACAUUACCUCUCUUCAACAUCUGCUUUCAGGUGCUAAAAUGAUGUAUUUUCUGGACAAAUCAAGGCAAGAGAAAGCAAUUACUAUAGCCACUAGGUUGGAUGAGACUAUAAACGAUAAAAAUGUAAAGAUUUUAAUAAAGGUUUCCGAGGCACUGCUUGAUGGCAGCUUUGGGAACUGCAGCUCCCAGUAUGAAGAAUACAGAAUGGCCUGUCAUAACCUGUUUCCUUUUACAUCUGCUUUCCUGCCUGCUCUGAAUGAAGUCCACUGUCCCGGUGCAGCACCGAACUAUAUAGCUGAAAUUUAAAAUCUUGUAAGGUUUCUUUCCAGGGUGCAAUUUAAUAUAGCUUUGAAAUAAAAUAUUUAGAGUUUUUAAAUGGAGUAUUCUGAAAUCUUAUUUUAUUCCCUGACUGCCAAUUUGCACAAACAUCUGCUAAAAUUCCUUGUUUAGCUUGUACAAGUAAAAAUACUUGCACAGUUUUUCUUAAACUCCCAAAUUACCAGCAGCACUGUGGUAGCUGCUCUUGCUGGCCUGUCAUAAUUAAAAUUUUCUGAUUGCCAGCAUUGCUGGCUGUAAUCUUAGCUACUCAGGAGGCUCAGAUCUGAGCAUUGCUGUCCAAAGCCAGCCCAGGAAAGAAAGUCCUUGAAAUCUUCAUCUCCAUUUAACCAGCAAAAAGCUAGAAGUAGAG